GCCUGAAAGACUCGCUUAUUUCAUUUCUCUCUCUUUUAUUUCAAGCUUUUUUCCAGGGUUUUCUUUUCCAGGGACUUUUUCUUUCUUUUUACUUUCAACUCUCAGGUCACCUUGAAAUGGCAGAAACCGUCAAGACCGAAGCGGCAGAAGACGGAAAUUUCGACAGAGCGACACCGUUUCACGAAAACAAAUCGAAAUCUGUUGUUCUUGGCGGUGGCCGUGGCGGUGACGAAGAAGAAGAAAACGUAACGCUGGCUCAAUUGUCCUUCUCUUCUCCGUCUUCUAGUCCUUUGCAGCCUACUCCUCUCGCUUCUUCUUCUUCGGUUUUGGAGAAAACUGAGAAACGUAUUAAAUUCAAGAGACGCUACAUAGAUUCAGAUUCCAAGAUUAAGCAUGCAAUGACAGGUCAUGCAGGGAAAUGCAUAUGCUGUAGGCAAAGUAAGCCUGCAAUUGAUAGAUCAACGACUCACGGGGAAUUUAAGUCUGCUGCCAUGAUUCGAGCGGAGGAGAUUCAGUCAAAUCUAGAGUCGACGUACCCUAGCUUUAUGAAGUCUUUGGUUAGAUCACAUGUUGGUAGUUGUUUUUGGAUGGGACUUCCUGGACCAUUCUGUAGAGCACACUUACCACGUGAAGACUCGGUUGUUACUUUGGAAGAUGAAGAUGGGCAAGAAUUCAGGAUGAAGUACAUUGGGUAUAAGACAGGUUUGAGUGCUGGUUGGAGGCAGUUUGCUGUUGCACACAGAUUGCUCGAAGGAGAUGUGCUGGUCUUUCAGUUAACUGGACCUUGCAGAUUUAAGGUGUACAUAAUAAGGGCAAACGACUUGGCUGAAGUUGACGGGGCUCUAGGCCUGCUAACUUUGGAUCCUCAUAUUAAACAGAAUGAUGCAGAAAUGGCAACGGUACCCUGUAUAACUGUAAAGAGAAAAAGACCUAGGUCACUUCCGUUGGCCGUUGUCCAAAAGAAGAAUAAGAAGUCUAGCCGCUCAAAAAUAUCAGUCCCAAAGACUGCACGAGCAGCUGAGCAGUCAGAAAAUGAUAGUGAAGAAGUUGGUUCAGAAGUUCUAGAAGGCUUCAAAUUGUCGUCGCCGGCUCUUCAAUUCGAAGACGUAACAAGUUUUGAAAAUUUUAACAUUCUGGUCGAUGGUUUGGUUUUGGAUUCUGAAUUAUCCGAAGAAAUCAGAAGGAAAUACUACUCUCUCUGCUGCAGUCAGAACGCGUUUCUUCACGAAAAUCUCAUCAAGGGUAUAAAUUUUAAGUUAAUUGCCGGAAUUAUUUCCGAAACUGUUAAUAUCGCUGAUGCUAUUAGAGCUUCUAAUAUUACCACCUCAAGGGCGGAAUUUGAUACGUGGGACAAGACUCUGAAAGCCUCUGAACAUUUUGGCAUGAAGAUCGGAUUCUUACGCGCUAGGCUGAGUCGACUUGUAAGCCUUGCCUUUGAUUCAGAAGGUGCCUCAAAAACUAGGAGAUACAUAGAAGCAAGAACUGAAAGAGUUCACACAGAGGAUAAAAUAAGAAGUCUCGAAGCAAAGCUCGAGGAAUUGAAGGCUGCUCACGAAAGAUAUGGCGCUGACAUUAUGAGUCUCAAGUCGAAAGCUGAAAGCUACGAGAUGAAGUUCCAGGAAGAAAUUCUCGCGCCGUGGUAAUGUAUCUCUAAUUAUGUACCAUUAAUGUAUUCUAUUUUGUGCCUUGUUUUUUUUUUAUUAUUAUAUGUAAAAGUUAUAAUAUUACUCAGUGACUUGUCUGGAUGAAAUGACAUGGUUGCAGAUAUAAGGGUGGAUGAUGUAAACGUUGUUGUAACAUGCUCGAAUUUUUUCUUAGGAUUUAAUUUAUGCAGAUAAAAGUGUUAACAAUUUA